CUCUUUCUUUCUUUUUUCUCCACAAGCCCUAAACCAGUUUUCGCUUUAAAAUACCGGCUGCACUUGCGAGACGCUCCCUUUUAUUCGAGUCGGCAGAGCAAACGGUGAAAACAGAGCGCGACAGAGAAAGAGAGAGAGAGAGAGAGAGAGAGAGAGAGAGAGAGAGACUCGUUUAUGGGAGGCUAAGAAAAGAGAGGAACAGACACAUUUCCCACUCCCAUUUUGACAUCUUUAAUGUCCUUGCUAUUUAACGAAGACUAGUUGCUACGUCCAAUUAUACAUUACACACACACUCACACACACACCAGGCUGUAGGAGGAGGAGAAGAGAGAGUGACUGGCAUGUGGGGAAAACACACACGCACCUACACACACAUGGAGCAGAAGAGAAACACGGACGCCGUCGCAUGACUUAUGGAAAGAGGGAAAGCGGUAACCGGGAGCGCGCGACAGCACACACACACACACACACACACAGACGCAAAUACCUAUACAUAAACACACUCACACCGACCGACAGAUGUGGCGGGAGCAGGAGGCACGCUCCAGCUGUUGGUGAGUGAAGUUAUUUUUCUGUUUUCCCCCUCUCUUUCUCUCUUAAACACACAGUUUCAUGUUCACUUCACUUGAUGUAAUUAUGUAGAAUCCACAACACAGCCUGAAUGAACUGCUGCUGUGGUUAGAGUUGUGUCUAUCCAGGAAUAAACGCGGAUCACUGAUCACUUGAUCAUUUGUCCAGUUGUUCAACAACUGGAUGAGAAGGUCAGGCACAGAUGCAGAGGUAAUAUAGCCUAGUGGAUCGAUCGAAUGAAUGACCUGAGAGGUGCCUUUAUUUAAGAGAGUUGUUUCUGUACUGUAGAGAAACUAUACUAAACACAUUAUAGUGAGAUCUUUAUUUAUGUUUUGGUGUGAAGCUGGUUAUUCAGCAUUAUAUCAAUGUGUUUUACACCAUUAUGCAUUUCUUUUUUUUUUUUUUGACAUCAUUGGUAACAUCAGGUGACAUAACCGUUAUAACACUGUUACAGUAACAAGCAGACUGAAUGUUGAAAUCUAUUUGUGUACUAAUAGAUUAAUUAGAGCAUUUUCAAUAUUAAAAUAUUACAUUUUUCUAGAUGUUAACUUCUUUCACUCCCAGCUUAGUGUUCCGUUAUUAACCAUACAACAUAUCCUUCAUUAAGUAUUAUAAAUGAUUCAUUAAUUACAGACUGGACGGAAUGACAGCUCUUGGCAGUUUAAGGGGUUACAUAAAUGUGUGUGGUAGACUGAUUCCUCUAGAGUGAGGUGGUGGGGUGCUCAUGGCUGCCCUAUGGGGCCUGGGCUGGCUGGGUGUGAGCCUCACCCUGUUGGCCCUCGCCCCAGUGUGCCAGAGCUGCCCGCCACGCUGUGAAUGUGCGGCUCAGCUCCGCUCCGUGUCCUGCCAGCGAAAGCGUCUGUCGGGUGUACCUGAGGGCAUCCCCACAGAGACCCGGCUGCUGGACCUCAGUCGGAACCGGCUACGCUGGGUGUCACCAGGAGACCUGGCACCAUAUCCACGGCUGGAAGAAGUGGACCUCAGCGAGAACUUAAUCUCCACACUGGAGCCCAAUGCCUUCGCCAGUCUGCAGGCACUGCGAACACUACAUCUUCGUGGAAACCAGCUGAAACUGGUGCCUAUGGGCGCCUUUGCUCGCCUGUCAAACCUCACAACCCUGGACCUGAGUGAAAACAAGAUUGUCAUCCUGUUGGAUUAUACUUUUCAGGACCUGCACAGUCUCAAACACCUUGAGGUUGGUGACAAUGACUUGGUCUACAUCUCCCAUAAAGCUUUCUCAGGAUUGCUGGGUCUGGAAGACUUAACCAUAGAAAGAUGCAACCUGACUUCAAUUUCUGGCCAAACUCUAUCCUACCUACGCAACCUGGUCACCCUUAGAUUACGCCACCUCAGCAUCUCUACCAUUGAAGACCAAAACUUCCGCAAGAUGUCUGCUUUGCGAGGGCUAGAGAUAGACAAUUGGCCUUACUUGGAAUACAUCUCCCCUCUUAGUUUCCAGAGUCUAAACUUGACCUGGCUGUCCAUUACUAACACCAACAUUACUGCAGUCCCUUCUGCUUCUUUCCGCAACCUUGUUUACCUGACAUCCCUUAACCUCUCCUACAACCCCAUAUCUGUGCUGGAACCCUGGGCAUUCAAAGAUCUUAUAAGGCUGAAAGAGCUACACAUGGUCAGCACUAACCUACAAGCUGUAGAGCCUCAUGCUCUGGGUGGUCUGAGGCAGAUUCGGGUGCUCAACCUCUCCAACAAUGAACUGGUCACACUGGAAGACAGCUCCUUUCAUUCCGUCAACAGCCUUGAAACGUUACGAGUAGACGGGAAUCCACUUUCUUGUGACUGCCGGCUUCUCUGGAUUCUGCAACGCAGACGCACUCUGAACUUUGAUGGGAAAAUGCCAAUAUGUGCUGCUCCACCUGAGGUACAGGGUAAUAUCCUGAGCAGCUUUCCGGAUUCUGCAUUAUUUGACUACUUCACUUGCCAGAAGCCGAAGAUUCGCAACCGGAAGCUUCAACAGGUGACAGCGCGAGAGGGUCAGUUGGUGUCCUUCCUGUGUCGUGCUGAUGGUGAACCUCCGCCUGCCAUCAUCUGGAUCUCACCACAGCGGCGAAAGAUCACCUCGAAAAGCAGCAGCAGGAUCACCGUCUUACCAAGUGGAACGUUGGAGAUCCGAUAUGCCCAGGUGACUGACAGUGGCACAUACAUCUGCAUCGCCAGCAAUGCGGGUGGCAACGACACCUACUUUGCCACACUAACGGUGAAAGGACAACCGGUGGACCCCGCUAUGUUCGCCAACCGUUCUCUGUAUGCGGUGGACUUUAAUGACACUGGUCUGAACAGCACACGUGUCUUCCUUAAGUUCACACUUGACCUCACCACAAUCCUGGUGUCUACAGCCAUGGGCUGCAUCACCUUCCUGGGUGUAGUACUCUUCUGUUUCCUGCUGUUGUUCGUGUGGAGCCGCGGAAGGGGUCAACGCAGGAACAACUUCACAGUAGAGUACUCAUUCAGGAAAACCGAGGGGCCCACUACCAGUUCAACCUCUGGAGGGACCCGCAAGUUCAACAUGAAAAUGAUAUGAAACAACGCAGCCAGGGGCCCCGUGGGGGAGGCAUAAACACCCAACAUAAACACACAGCUCUGACUCGCAGUAAUAUCAGAAGAAGUUUUAGGGACUAAUGUGAUUAAACUUACCUUGAUCUCACUGCCUUUGGAAAAGGUGUUAAUAUUUCAAUUAAGUCACUUGGAUUUGAUACGCUAAUAAGUUUCCUUUACCUAAACCUUAUUUGCUUGGAUGGUUGGUUGCCAUUGUUACAACAUAUUAUUACCAUUGCUAAUGAUUUUGUAAUGCCAAAUCUAAACAGCACCUUAGAGAUAUAUGAUCACCAACCAAUGUUAUGGUAAAAAUCCUUUAAUGAAUUUAAUAUACAGUAUAGUGGUUCUAACAAAAUGACCUGCAAAUUGAAAUGCUAAUUUAGAAAAUAGUGAAUGCACAAAUAGCAGUUGUCGUGUAUUUAAAUUAAACAACCGUAAUGCUAUAGUUGAAAAAGCAACUGGCCAAUCAAAUGGCUAAAGCCAUUGAACCAUGAGUUUCUGAACUACAAGCUUGGCUUUCUGUCAUGUCUGCGAUUAGGUGCUGUGUAAGUUGGGACAAGCACACUGGCCGCAACACUGUGAGUGCACUGCUGGUACUGCCAUACUGGUAUUCAGUUAGCAGCAUUGUACUGUAGUGGAUAUAAGC